CUCGACCUACAUGCACCAAUCUCUUUCUGCACAUUUUUUAGUAUAGAAUAAAAAAAUUAAUUGUAUUUUGAAAUUCUCCCAUAUUAUUAGUUAAUAACAAUAAAUAGCAUUCAAAAUGGCCGACAUUAAUGGUACUGAGGAUGAGGUGCAAGACAAGAAACAGAAAAAACAAACCAAACACGAUGGAGGUGCUGCCGAUCUAGAACGUGUUACCGACUAUGCUGAAGAAAAGGAAAUCUCCACGGCCAAUAUAUCCAGUGCGGUCGAGCAGUUUGGUAAUCAACGCCAAAAAGAAGAUGAACUGCGAGUGGCCAAGGAAAUGGAACUGCAAAAGAUUCAAGUGAAAAAAGAGGAUAUAGAACUUAUUAUGAAUGAAAUGUUAAUUAGCAAAUUACAAGCUGAGAAAGUCCUGCGUGAACAAAGAGGAGAUGUCGUAGCUGCUCUGGAAGCCAUUAUAGCUAAUUAGAUGUGUUGUUCUAACGCUCAUAAGUUCUACUUGUUUUCUUUUCUAAGUUUUCAAUAAACCAUUUUUAGGUACAAUCUA